CAGCGACUGGACGCGACGGGCCGCCGCCGGCCCGCACCGCCCGGCCGCCGCGAUGUGCGACUGUUUCCACAUGGUGCUGCCCACCUGGCCCGGAGCCCCCGGCAGCGUGUCUGGCCGGCAGCUGCAGUCUGAGGACCCAGAUGCAGAAACGGAAGAGGACCCCUCUGUGACCGAAGGGCCGGUGGACGAGAUCGUCCGGCCGAGGCCACAGGGGUCCUCGCCGGUCUACGAAUGCACUGCUGAGGGUGCCGGCUUUGGACUCCCGGGGGAGGACACAAGGAGAAGGCGGGCUUCCUCGGGCUCGGGGGGUCGGAGGUCCUGGUGGAAGCGAGACUCGGGAGACGCUCGAACGUUUUCCAGGAUGAGUCGUCGGCAGUCCGUGCAAGAGGCGACAGAGGUGACGCUGAGGACAGACGUGGAGGCCGGAGCCAGUGGCUACAGCGUCACAGGGGGCGGGGACCGAGGGAUUUUCGUCAAGCAAGUGCUGAAGGACUCCUCCGCCGCCAAGCUCUUCAGCCUAAGAGAAGGUGAUCAGCUGCUCAGUGCAACCAUAUUCUUUGACAACAUUAAAUAUGAAGACGCUCUCAAAAUUCUUCAGUACUCAGAGCCUUACAAGGUUCAAUUCCAAGUCAGACGGAAACGUCCUGCCACAGGGGAUGAGGAAGGGGUCUCCGGUGGCGCUCAGCCCGGCCACAAGGACAGUGAGACGCAGGACAAAGAUGUCGCCGAUGGGUGCACAGAGACCCCCACGAAGACUGUGGAAGGAAGUGGAGACAAGGAGAGACUGAUCUCCAAGCCCAGGGAGAGCAGGGGCAGGCCGUCCCAAAACGAGAGGCUCUCCUGGCCCAAAUUCCAGUCAAUAAAGACCAAGCCCAGGUCAGGGCCGCGGAGGUCACACAGCUCUUCAGAGGCCUGUGAGCGAGGACACCCACCUGACAUGUCCCCCACGGGCACAGACACAGAGGCCCAGCUCCCGACAGAGGAGCAGGAGCAGAAGGCAGGACCGGACGGCCAGUGGAGGAGAAGGUUCCUGAACCUGCGAUUCAGAGUGGGCUCAGGGAAGGGUCCAACACCAGGGGCGAGGCCGAGCACAGAGGUCCAGUCCGGGGUCCUAGAGGAGGCAGCAUCCUGGGAUGACAGCCAAGAGGGCGCCAAGGCCAGCACAGACAGGACGGUGGAAGGACCAGAGGGGACAUCAGCUCUCACUGCCCAGCAACCUGUGGAGCCAGGCCACCCCAGCGAGGGAGCCUUGGGGGACGGGGCCAGCGUGGCACCCAGGCGCCGAAGAAAGACAAAGGAAGUGAAGGACCAGGUCGACUCUGUGUCAGACAGGAAACCCGGGAUGGACUCAGGCCCAAAGCCAGGUGGAGACGGCCACAGAGAAGCAGUCCAGGGCACAGAAACUGGGAUUGCCACAUCGGCUCUGCAAGGCAAAGUGGACACACAGGGCCGCCAGCCGGAGUUCCAAAUCCAAAUACCCGAUGUCAAAACGCCCAGCUUUGAAUUCUGCGAAGAAACAAUGCCAGACAGAGAAGCGGGCACAGCAGCACGACUGCAGGGACCCAGACACGGAGGUCCUACAGAAGAGGCCACGGGCAUGAAAGAGCAGCCUGACCACAGACCGGGGCCACAGGUGGCCGGAAAGCCUGCACGGCCCCUGAUAGAACGGGAGGAAGGAGGAGCAGAGGGAGCUGAGGCAGGGCACAGAGAGGCACACGCCGAAGACGGGGACACACACGCACAGGGCAGACAGGAGAGGAAAACUAGGUUCAAAUUCAAAACACCCUCAAUCGGAUGGUCUCCAGGAAAGGACAUAAAAUCAGGUCAGGAACAGGACAGAGAAAUAGAGAGCACACUCACCACUCUGACCACACAGACAGGUGCCAGAGUCAAACAGUCAGAACGCGAAAAAACAAAAUUAGACACACCUGAGCUAGACUCAGGAGCCACAGAGGGAGAAACAGAGGGUGUUCAGCCAACUCAAGCCGAUUUUACUCUGGGAGAAAGGGAGGUGGCCGCCAGAGACAGCAAGUUCAAAAUGCCCAAGUUCAAGAUGCCAUCUUUCGGUGCCUCCGUGCCAAGCGUGUCCCUGCCCAAGAUCCAGGCGGAAGCGUCCCUGCCUUCCAUGGAAGCUGAGGUGAAGACCAGUGAUGUGACCGUUGAGCUGCCAUCUGCUGACCUAGAACUCAAGACAUCCACGGUGGCGGAGAAGGUUCCAGAAGGCCCAAUACCUGAAGGGGAGCUCCAGGAACCCGCGACAGGAGCCGGAGUCAAAGGGCACCUGCCCAAGGUGCACAUGGCCAGCAUGAAGAUGCCCAAAGUGGACUUUAAGGCACCCCAGUUGGAUAUCAAGGCGCCCAAGGUGGAUAUCAAGGGGCCCAAGGUGGACCUGAAGGGCCCCAAAGGGGAGGUGAGCAUGCAUGACGUGGAUGUGACGCUGCCGAGUGCAGAUGUGGACGUCCAGGCACCCACCGCCAAGUUGGAGGGUGACGUUACCCUGGGAGACAAGGAGGUGACCGCUAGAGACAGCAAAUUCAAAAUGCCCAAGUUCAAGAUGCCUUCCUUCGGUGCCUCAGUGCCAAGCAAGUCCUUGGAGGCCACGGUGGAAGUUUCCGUGCCCAAGAUCCAGGCGGAAGUGUCUCUGCCUUCCAUGGAAGCUGAGGUCAAGACCAGUGAUGUGACCGUUGAGCUGCCAUCUGCUGACCUAGAACUCAAGACUUCCACGGUGGGCCAGAAGCUCCCUGAUGUUCAGGUGCCCGAGGGAGAGCUCCAGGAGCCCUCAGCAGGAACCGGGUUCAAAGGGCACCUGCCUAAGGUGCACAUGCCCAGCAUCAAGAUGCCCAAAGUGGACAUCAAAGCCCCCCAGGUGGAGAUCAAGGGGCCCAAGGUGGACAUCAAAGGACCCAAAGGGGAGGUGAGCGCCCCUGACGUGGAUGUGACCCUGCCCAGUGUGGAGAUGGAUGUCCAGGCACCCACCACCAAGUUGGAGGCUGACGUUACCCUGGGAGACAAGGAGGUGACUGCUAGAGACAGCAAGUUCAAAAUGCCCAAGUUCAAGAUGCCAUCCUUCGGUGCCUCGGCGCCAAGCAAGUCCUUGGAGGCCGCGGUGGAUGUGUCCCUGCCCAAGAUCCAGGCGGAAGCGUCCCUGCCCUCCAUGGAAGCUGAGGUCAAGACCAGUGAUGUGACCGUUGAGCUGCCAUCUGCCGACCUAGAGGUCAAGACUGCCAUGGUGGGCAUGAAGCUUCCAGAAGGCCAAAUCCCUGAAGGGGAGUUCCAGGAACCCUCGGCGGGAGCCGGAGUCAAAGGGCACCUGCCCAAGGUGCACAUGCCCAGCAUGAAGAUGCCCAAAGUGGACUUUAAGGCACCCCAAGUGGACAUCAAGGGGCCCAAGUUCGACAUGAAGGCCCCCCAGGUGGACAUCAAAGGGCCCAAGGUGGACCUGAAGGGCCCAAAAGGGGAGGUGAGUGCGCCCGACGUGGAUGUGACACUGCCCAGCGCAGAUGUGGACGUCCAGGCACCCACGGCCAAGUUGGAGGGUGACAUUACCCUGGGAGACAAGGAGGUGACCGCUAGAGACAGCAAGUUCAAAAUGCCCAAGUUCAAGAUGCCAUCCUUCGGUGCCUCGGCGCCAAGCAAGUCCUUGGAGGCCGCGGUGGACGUGUCCCUGCCCAAGAUCCAGGCGGAAGCGUCCCUGCCCUCCAUGGAAGCUGAGGUCAAGACCAGUGAUGUGACCGUUGAGCUGCCAUCUGCCGACCUAGAGGUCAAGACUGCCAUGGUGGGCAUGAAGCUUCCAGAAGGCCAAAUCCCUGAAGGGGAGCUCCAGGAACCCUCGGCGGGAGCCGGAAUCAAAGGGCACCUGCCCAAGGUGCACAUGGCCAGCAUGAAGAUGCCCAAAGUGGACUUUAAGGCGCCCCAGGUGGACAUCAAGGCGCCCAAGGUGGACAUCAAAGGACCCAAGCGCCCUGACGUGGAAGUGACCCUGCCCAUUGUGCAGAUGGACGUCCAGGGACCCACCGCCAAGUUGGAGGGUGACGUUACCCUGGGAGACAAGGAGGUGGCCACUAGAGACAGCAAAUUCAAAAUGCCCAAGUUCAAGAUGCCUUCCUUCGGUGCCUCAGCGCCAAGCAAGUCCUUGGAGGCCGCGGUGGACGUUUCCGUGCCCAAGAUCCAGGCGGAAGUGUCCCUGCCUUCCAUGGAAGCUGAGGUCAAGACCAGUGAUGUGACCGUUGAGCUGCCAUCUGCUGACCUAGAACUCAAGACUUCCACGGUGGGCCAGAAGCUCCCUGAUGUUCAGGUGCCCGAGGGAGAGCUCCAGGAGCCCUCAGCAGGAACCGGGUUCAAAGGGCACCUGCCCAAGGUGCACAUGCCCAGCAUCAAGAUGCCCAAAGUGGACAUCAAAGCCCCCCAGGUGGAGAUCAAGGGGCCCAAGGUGGACAUCAAAGGACCCAAAGGGGAGGUGAGCGCCCCUGACGUGGAUGUGACCCUGCCCAGUGUGGAGAUGGAUGUCCAGGCACCCACCACCAAGUUGGAGGCUGACGUUACCCUGGGAGACAAGGAGGUGACUGCUAGAGACAGCAAGUUCAAAAUGCCCAAGUUCAAGAUGCCAUCCUUCGGUGCCUCGGCGCCAAGCAAGUCCUUGGAGGCCGCGGUGGAUGUGUCCCUGCCCAAGAUCCAGGCGGAAGCGUCCCUGCCCUCCAUGGAAGCUGAGGUCAAGACCAGGGAUGUGACCGUUGAGCUGGCAUCUGCCGACCUAGAGGUCAAGACUGCCAUGGUGGGCAUGAAGCUUCCAGAAGGCCAAAUCCCUGAAGGGGAGCUCCAGGAACCUUCGGCAGGAGCCGGAGUCAAAGGGCACCUGCCCAAGGUGCACAUGCCCAGCAUGAAGAUGCCCAAAGUGGACUUUAAGGCACCCCAAGUGGACAUCAAGGGGCCCAAGUUCGACAUGAAGGCCCCCCAGGUGGACAUCAAAGGGCCCAAGGUGGACCUGAAGGGCCCAAAAGGGGAGGUGAGUGCGCCCGACGUGGAUGUGACACUGCCCAGCGCAGACGUGGACGUCCAGGCACCCACGGCCAAGUUGGAGGGUGACAUUACCCUGGGAGACAAGGAGGUGACCGCUAGAGACAGCAAGUUCAAAAUGCCCAAGUUCAAGAUGCCAUCCUUCGGUGCCUCGGCGCCAAGCAAGUCCUUGGAGGCCGCGGUGGACGUGUCCCUGCCCAAGAUCCAGGCGGAAGCGUCCCUGCCCUCCAUGGAAGCUGAGGUCAAGACCAGUGAUGUGACCGUUGAGCUGCCAUCUGCCGACCUAGAGGUCAAGACUGCCAUGGUGGGCAUGAAGCUUCCAGAAGGCCAAAUCCCUGAAGGGGAGCUCCAGGAACCCUCGGCGGGAGCCGGAAUCAAAGGGCACCUGCCCAAGGUGCACAUGGCCAGCAUGAAGAUGCCCAAAGUGGACUUUAAGGCGCCCCAGGUGGACAUCAAGGCGCCCAAGGUGGACAUCAAAGGACCCAAGGUGGACCUGAAGGGCCCCAAAGGGGAGGUGAGCGCCCCUGACGUGGAAGUGACCCUGCCCAUUGUGCAGAUGGACGUCCAGGGACCCACCGCCAAGUUGGAGGGUGACGUUACCCUGGGAGACAAGGAGGUGGCCACUAGAGACAGCAAAUUCAAAAUGCCCAAGUUCAAGAUGCCUUCCUUCGGUGCCUCAGCGCCAAGCAAGUCCUUGGAGGCCGCGGUGGACGUUUCCGUGCCCAAGAUCCAGGCGGAAGUGUCCCUGCCUUCCAUGGAAGCUGAGGUCAAGACCAGUGAUGUGACCGUUGAGCUGCCAUCUGCUGACCUAGAACUCAAGACUUCCACGGUGGGCCAGAAGCUCCCUGAUGUUCAGGUGCCCGAGGGAGAGCUCCAGGAGCCCUCAGCAGGAACCGGGUUCAAAGGGCACCUGCCCAAGGUGCAUAUGCCCAGCAUCAAGAUGCCCAAAGUGGACAUCAAAGCCCCCCAGGUGGAGAUCAAGGGGCCCAAGGUGGACAUCAAAGGACCCAAAGGGGAGGUGAGCGCCCCUGACGUGGAUGUGACCCUGCCCAGUGUGGAGAUGGAUGUCCAGGCACCCACCACCAAGUUGGAGGCUGACGUUACCCUGGGAGACAAGGAGGUGACUGCUAGAGACAGCAAGUUCAAAAUGCCCAAGUUCAAGAUGCCAUCCUUCGGUGCCUCGGCGCCAAGCAAGUCCUUGGAGGCCGCGGUGGACGUGUCCCUGCCCAAGAUCCAGGCGGAAGCGUCCCUGCCCUCCAUGGAAGCUGAGGUCAAGACCAGGGAUGUGACCGUUGAGCUGCCAUCUGCCGACCUAGAGGUCAAGACUGCCAUGGUGGGCAUGAAGCUUCCAGAAGGCCAAAUCCCUGAAGGGGAGCUCCAGGAACCCUCGGCGGGAGCCGGAAUCAAAGGGCACCUGCCCAAGGUGCACAUGGCCAGCAUGAAGAUGCCCAAAGUGGACUUUAAGGCGCCCCAGGUGGACAUCAAGGCGCCCAAGGUGGACAUCAAAGGACCCAAGGUGGACCUGAAGGGCCCCAAAGGGGAGGUGAGCGCCCCUGACGUGGAAGUGACCCUGCCCAUUGUGCAGAUGGACGUCCAGGGACCCACCGCCAAGUUGGAGGGUGACGUUACCCUGGGAGACAAGGAGGUGGCCACUAGAGACAGCAAAUUCAAAAUGCCCAAGUUCAAGAUGCCUUCCUUCGGUGCCUCAGCGCCAAGCAAGUCCUUGGAGGCCGCGGUGGACGUUUCCGUGCCCAAGAUCCAGGCGGAAGUGUCCCUGCCUUCCAUGGAAGCUGAGGUCAAGACCAGUGAUGUGACCGUUGAGCUGCCAUCUGCUGACCUAGAACUCAAGACUUCCACGGUGGGCCAGAAGCUCCCUGAUGUUCAGGUGCCCGAGGGAGAGCUCCAGGAGCCCUCAGCAGGAACCGGGUUCAAAGGGCACCUGCCCAAGGUGCACAUGCCCAGCAUCAAGAUGCCCAAAGUGGACAUCAAAGCCCCCCAGGUGGAGAUCAAGGGGCCCAAGGUGGACAUCAAAGGACCCAAAGGGGAGGUGAGCGCCCCUGACGUGGAUGUGACCCUGCCCAGUGUGGAGAUGGAUGUCCAGGCACCCACCACCAAGUUGGAGGCUGACGUUACCCUGGGAGACAAGGAGGUGACUGCUAGAGACAGCAAGUUCAAAAUGCCCAAGUUCAAGAUGCCAUCCUUCGGUGCCUCGGCGCCAAGCAAGUCCUUGGAGGCCGCGGUGGAUGUGUCCCUGCCCAAGAUCCAGGCGGAAGCGUCCCUGCCCUCCAUGGAAGCUGAGGUCAAGACCAGGGAUGUGAUCGUUGAGCUGGCAUCUGCCGACCUAGAGGUCAAGACUGCCAUGGUGGGCAUGAAGCUUCCAGAAGGCCAAAUCCCUGAAGGGGAGCUCCAGGAACCCUCGGCAGGAGCCGGAGUCAAAGGGCACCUGCCCAAGGUGCACAUGCCCAGCAUGAAGAUGCCCAAAGUGGACUUUAAGGCACCCCAAGUGGACAUCAAGGGGCCCAAGUUCGACAUGAAGGCCCCCCAGGUGGACAUCAAAGGGCCCAAGGUGGACCUGAAGGGCCCAAAAGGGGAGGUGAGUGCGCCCGACGUGGAUGUGACACUGCCCAGCGCAGACGUGGACGUCCAGGCACCCACGGCCAAGUUGGAGGGUGACAUUACCCUGGGAGACAAGGAGGUGACCGCUAGAGACAGCAAGUUCAAAAUGCCCAAGUUCAAGAUGCCAUCCUUCGGUGCCUCGGCGCCAAGCAAGUCCUUGGAGGCCGCGGUGGACGUGUCCCUGCCCAAGAUCCAGGCGGAAGCGUCCCUGCCCUCCAUGGAAGCUGAGGUCAAGACCAGUGAUGUGACCGUUGAGCUGCCAUCUGCCGACCUAGAGGUCAAGACUGCCAUGGUGGGCAUGAAGCUUCCAGAAGGCCAAAUCCCUGAAGGGGAGCUCCAGGAACCCUCGGCGGGAGCCGGAAUCAAAGGGCACCUGCCCAAGGUGCACAUGGCCAGCAUGAAGAUGCCCAAAGUGGACUUUAAGGCGCCCCAGGUGGACAUCAAGGCGCCCAAGGUGGACAUCAAAGGACCCAAGGUGGACCUGAAGGGCCCCAAAGGGGAGGUGAGCGCCCCUGACGUGGAAGUGACCCUGCCCAUUGUGCAGAUGGACGUCCAGGGACCCACCGCCAAGUUGGAGGGUGACGUUACCCUGGGAGACAAGGAGGUGGCCACUAGAGACAGCAAAUUCAAAAUGCCCAAGUUCAAGAUGCCUUCCUUCGGUGCCUCAGCGCCAAGCAAGUCCUUGGAGGCCGCGGUGGACGUUUCCGUGCCCAAGAUCCAGGCGGAAGUGUCCCUGCCUUCCAUGGAAGCUGAGGUCAAGACCAGUGAUGUGACCGUUGAGCUGCCAUCUGCUGACCUAGAACUCAAGACUUCCACGGUGGGCCAGAAGCUCCCUGAUGUUCAGGUGCCCGAGGGAGAGCUCCAGGAGCCCUCAGCAGGAACCGGGUUCAAAGGGCACCUGCCCAAGGUGCAUAUGCCCAGCAUCAAGAUGCCCAAAGUGGACAUCAAAGCCCCCCAGGUGGAGAUCAAGGGGCCCAAGGUGGACAUCAAAGGACCCAAAGGGGAGGUGAGCGCCCCUGACGUGGAUGUGACCCUGCCCAGUGUGGAGAUGGAUGUCCAGGCACCCACCACCAAGUUGGAGGCUGACGUUACCCUGGGAGACAAGGAGGUGACUGCUAGAGACAGCAAGUUCAAAAUGCCCAAGUUCAAGAUGCCAUCCUUCGGUGCCUCGGCGCCAAGCAAGUCCUUGGAGGCCGCGGUGGACGUGUCCCUGCCCAAGAUCCAGGCGGAAGCGUCCCUGCCCUCCAUGGAAGCUGAGGUCAAGACCAGGGAUGUGACCGUUGAGCUGCCAUCUGCCGACCUAGAGGUCAAGACUGCCAUGGUGGGCAUGAAGCUUCCAGAAGGCCAAAUCCCUGAAGGGGAGCUCCAGGAACCCUCGGCGGGAGCCGGAAUCAAAGGGCACCUGCCCAAGGUGCACAUGGCCAGCAUGAAGAUGCCCAAAGUGGACUUUAAGGCGCCCCAGGUGGACAUCAAGGCGCCCAAGGUGGACAUCAAAGGACCCAAGGUGGACCUGAAGGGCCCCAAAGGGGAGGUGAGCGCCCCUGACGUGGAAGUGACCCUGCCCAUUGUGCAGAUGGACGUCCAGGGACCCACCGCCAAGUUGGAGGGUGACGUUACCCUGGGAGACAAGGAGGUGGCCACUAGAGACAGCAAAUUCAAAAUGCCCAAGUUCAAGAUGCCUUCCUUCGGUGCCUCAGCGCCAAGCAAGUCCUUGGAGGCCGCGGUGGACGUUUCCGUGCCCAAGAUCCAGGCGGAAGUGUCCCUGCCUUCCAUGGAAGCUGAGGUCAAGACCAGUGAUGUGACCGUUGAGCUGCCAUCUGCUGACCUAGAACUCAAGACUUCCACGGUGGGCCAGAAGCUCCCUGAUGUUCAGGUGCCCGAGGGAGAGCUCCAGGAGCCCUCAGCAGGAACCGGGUUCAAAGGGCACCUGCCCAAGGUGCACAUGCCCAGCAUCAAGAUGCCCAAAGUGGACAUCAAAGCCCCCCAGGUGGAGAUCAAGGGGCCCAAGGUGGACAUCAAAGGACCCAAAGGGGAGGUGAGCGCCCCUGACGUGGAUGUGACCCUGCCCAGUGUGGAGAUGGAUGUCCAGGCACCCACCACCAAGUUGGAGGCUGACGUUACCCUGGGAGACAAGGAGGUGACUGCUAGAGACAGCAAGUUCAAAAUGCCCAAGUUCAAGAUGCCAUCCUUCGGUGCCUCGGCGCCAAGCAAGUCCUUGGAGGCCGCGGUGGACGUGUCCCUGCCCAAGAUCCAGGCGGAAGCGUCCCUGCCCUCCAUGGAAGCUGAGGUCAAGACCAGGGAUGUGACCGUUGAGCUGCCAUCUGCCGACCUAGAGGUCAAGACUGCCAUGGUGGGCAUGAAGCUUCCAGAAGGCCAAAUCCCUGAAGGGGAGCUCCAGGAACCCUCGGCAGGAGCCGGAGUCAAAGGGCACCUGCCCAAGGUGCACAUGCCCAGCAUGAAGAUGCCCAAAGUGGACUUUAAGGCACCCCAAGUGGACAUCAAGGGGCCCAAGUUCGACAUGAAGGCCCCCCAGGUGGACAUCAAAGGGCCCAAGGUGGACCUGAAGGGCCCAAAAGGGGAGGUGAGUGCGCCCGACGUGGAUGUGACACUGCCCAGCGCAGACGUGGACGUCCAGGCACCCACGGCCAAGUUGGAGGGUGACAUUACCCUGGGAGACAAGGAGGUGACCGCUAGAGACAGCAAGUUCAAAAUGCCCAAGUUCAAGAUGCCAUCCUUCGGUGCCUCGGCGCCAAGCAAGUCCUUGGAGGCCGCGGUGGACGUGUCCCUGCCCAAGAUCCAGGCGGAAGCGUCCCUGCCCUCCAUGGAAGCUGAGGUCAAGACCAGUGAUGUGACCGUUGAGCUGCCAUCUGCCGACCUAGAGGUCAAGACUGCCAUGGUGGGCAUGAAGCUUCCAGAAGGCCAAAUCCCUGAAGGGGAGCUCCAGGAACCCUCGGCGGGAGCCGGAAUCAAAGGGCACCUGCCCAAGGUGCACAUGGCCAGCAUGAAGAUGCCCAAAGUGGACUUUAAGGCGCCCCAGGUGGACAUCAAGGCGCCCAAGGUGGACAUCAAAGGACCCAAGGUGGACCUGAAGGGCCCCAAAGGGGAGGUGAGCGCCCCUGACGUGGAAGUGACCCUGCCCAUUGUGCAGAUGGACGUCCAGGGACCCACCGCCAAGUUGGAGGGUGACGUUACCCUGGGAGACAAGGAGGUGGCCACUAGAGACAGCAAAUUCAAAAUGCCCAAGUUCAAGAUGCCUUCCUUCGGUGCCUCAGCGCCAAGCAAGUCCUUGGAGGCCGCGGUGGACGUUUCCGUGCCCAGGACCCAGGCGGAAGCGUCCCUGCCCUCCAUGGAAGCUGAGGUCAAGUCCAGUGAUGUGACCGUUGAGCUGCCAUCUGCCGACCUAGAGGUCAAGACUGCCAUGGUGGGCCUGAAGCUUCCAGAAGGCCAAAUCCCUGAAGGGGAGCUCCAGGAACCCUCGGCAGGAGCCGGAGUCAAAGGGCACCUGCCCAAGGUGCACAUGCCCAGGAUGAAGAUGCCCAAAGUGGACUUUAAGGCGCCCCAGGUGGACAUCAAGGGGCCCAAGUUGGACAUCAAGGGACCCAACGUGGAUCUGAAGGGCCCCAAAGGGGAGGAGAGCGCGCCCGAUGUGGAUUUGACUCUGCCCAGCGCAGAGGUGGACGUCCAGGCACCCACCACCAAGUUGGAGGGUGACGUUACCCUGGGAGACAAGGAGGUGACCACUAGAGACAGUCAGUUCAAAAUGCCCAAGUUCAAGAUCCCGUCCUUCGGUGCCUCAGCGCCAAGCAAGUUCUUGGAGGCUGCGGUGGACGUGUCCCUGCCCAUGAUCCAGGCGGAAGUGUCCCUGCCCUCCAUGGAAGCUGAGGUCAAGUCCAGGGAUGUGACCGUUGAGCUGCCAUCUGCCGACCUAGAGGUCAAGACUGCCAUCGUAGCCGACAAGCUCCCGGAGAUCGAAAUGCCCGAGGGAGAGCCCCAGGAACCCUCGGCAGGAGCCGGACUCAAAGGGCACGUGCCCAAGGUGCACAUGCCCAGCAUGAAGAUGCCCAAAGUGGACUUUAAGGCGCCCCAGGUGGACAUCCAGGGCCCUAAGUUGGACGUGAAGACCGCCGGAGGGGAGUUGGGCGCCCCCGACAUGGAUGUGACCCUGCCCAGCGUGGACGUGGACGCCCGGUCUCCCAGGACUAAGUCAGAUGUGGAUAUGUCCUCUCGGAACCUGGAACUGUUUUCUAAAGGAAGCAAGUUGAAGGUUCCUAAAAUCAACAUUUCUUCUUCUGGUCACCCCAGUAGUAAGUCCUCUCUGGUCUCUCCACCUUUUGAGGGAAUUGCCAAAGAUGUUGACCUCAGUCCUUCUUCUGGCCCCAUGCAUCCAGUCGUACGUGCUCGUGAUGAGGAUGCCGUCACAGUCAAAGGUGACGUAGGUCUCUCAAUUGGGAAAGAUGGAAGUCGAAGCAAAGGCAAAAAAUCCCAUUUUAAACUCCCCAAAGUCUUUUCUCCACCUGGGAAAACUCCUAAAGUGUUCUUAGCUUUUGGAGGAGAUGUUGCCAUGCGUUCGCCUCCGAGCGAGUCUGCGCAUGGCGGUUCCCCGGGGCUGUCCAGUACUUCUGAAACGUCCCUGCCGGAGUCCCGGCCCGGCUGGCUCAGUGGUCCCCGUGAGGAUUCCUCUAGCCUCAUUCCGGGUGAGGCCGUCACACUUACAAAGUACCAGGUGACCAUCCCCCGUGACCCCGCCUCCCCCGAGCUGCCCUGUGUAGGCCUGUCUGGGUCCCAGGCGGAGUCUCAGUUGCCCAGCGUGGCCGGUGCCGUGGACUCCCCAUCCAGCGAGAAUAUUCUGCUGUCCCGGCCUGACAGCCACAGUGGCCCAGUGCACACCGUAUUUCCUGAAUCUUAUGGCCGCGUGACUUUUCCUAAAUUUCAUCGACCGAAGUUCCAACUGUCAUCCCCCCAAUCAGCAGCUGGCAUGGUGGAGCCCGGAGCCGCAGAGGGUGUCCCCGCCCUGUCCCCUCCCCUCCCUGAGUGGGGACCGCACUCCUCGGCCAGGGAAGCCACGGGGUUCCCCUUGCCAGGCAGUCAGUUGCCGUCUGCAGGAGUCUCUGUGUCCACGGUGGCAGAGGGACAUGUGGGCACCACGGGGACAUCAGCAGUGGCUGGAGGGGAAGCCCCAGCUGGAGACGCGGAGCCUGAGGGGAGGGGUGGUCCUGUGAGAGCACCAAGAGUCAAGCUUCCCUCUUUCCGCUGGUCCCCCAAAAAGGGGGCGGAGUCCAAAGCAGCCCCUGGAGCCGCCCCGCCACCGGGGGUUUCCCUGCCACCAGCAGCAGCAGGUGAGGAUGUGAGUCUUGGGCAGGAGGGAGAGAAGGGGGUGGUCAGAGCACCCACCCUCGCCCUACUGAAGGUCUCACCUCCCACAAUGACGGCUUCCACAGGAGGGGCUGGCGGAAGUGGCGGGGGCGGGGGUGCAGGUGCAGCAGCUGGGCCCCCAGAAGGAGCGGACGUGACCCUCCACCCCACACAGGCCCACGCUCCCGGUGCCGGCUUCGUCGAAGAUGCACUCAGACCCGCCGAGGCCCCACCGGAGGCGAGCCUGUCCACCCGUGGCCCGUCCCUUGGAGACAGCAGCAGAGAGCACGGUCUCGGGGACAGCUCGCAAAGCCAGCUUUGUGGGGAGGUGAUGGCCCCCUCAACAGAGGUCCCCCUGCAGCCGUCCCGGACAACCCCAGAUGCUGCCUCCCCCACGGAGGGGAGCCCAGCGCGGGAGGCGCCAGCGGGAGUCACCCCGGCCGGCCCCAGGGAGAGCUGGUUUAGAAUGCCCGCGCUGCGUCUGCCCAGCUUCAGGCGCCCCUCCAAGGAGAGGCCUGGGUCUGCAGGGCUGGGGGCUCAGGGGCCCGCGCCUGCCACCAGUGCGCCAGGGGAGGGACAGGCACCGACCACAGUCCGGAGUCAGGGUGUCCCUGUUCCUGAGUCUGAGGAGGAGACGACUAAGUGCCCGCGGCCCCUGGAGGCCGGUGCCGACAUGGGCGCCACUGGCAUCGAAGCUUCUCACACGGACGUUCCGCAGAGGAAUCUAGACCUUCAGGCCCCUGCUGCCGGCACGUCCACUCCCGAGGUCAGGGUCCGGCCAGGCGCAGGCUCCCUGCCCCUCCGGGUGUGCGGGACACUCGCAGAGCCCCACGGGCCUCCAGGAGAAGCAGGCCAGCACCCCCUUGCUGGGACAGCAGCAGCGCAGGGCCCGGCCGGGGGCCCUGAGGAGCCGCCUCCCCAGCCCGAAGGCCCCCUCAGACUGAGGGCCUCCAGUACCGACGUGCCGUCCCAGGUUUCCGUGGUCAACGUGGGUCAAGUCUGGGAGGACUCUGUGCUCACUGUCCAGUUCCCCAAGUUAAAGGUUCCGAGGUUCAGCUUCCCAGCCCCCAGCGCGGAGGCUGACGUUUUCGUGCCCCGUGUCAGAGAGCUGCCGUCCCCACAGAGCCAUCCUGACACUGCCCUGCUCGGGCAAAGCCCCGGCGCCCGGGACGCCGGCGUCCUGAAGGCGCCCGAGGCCGUCUCCUCAGAAGCCGCCCCCAUCUGUAAGGUCAGGGUGCACAUUCAGAGCGCGGAGGCCGAGAGCAGGCAGGUCACCGUACAAAGCACGGUGACAGCCAUGUACACGGAGCUCUCGGAGCCCCAGGCUCUUCCUGCCCGGAUCGUGCGGGAGUCAGAGGUCCCUGCGUCAGAGGCCCAAACGCCUUCCUACGGGUUCUCCUUACUAAAGGGGAGGGUCCCUGAGCCCACCGCUCGGUCGCAGGCACACGCGGUGACUGCGGACCCUGGGCCAAGAGGGCGCCUUCACCAGCCAGCCCCAGGAGCAGGACCUGUUUCUGGAGACCCGCAGCCUGACACCGGAGAGCCCUUUGAAAUUCUCUCUCCCGAUGGAGACGUGCCGGGAAUGCCAUCCUGCUCUUCUGACCUCCAUUCUGGCCAUGGGCCUGCAGGCAGCUGUUCUGACGAGGAGCCCGCGGAAAUUCUCGAGUUCCCGCCAGAAGAGGGCCGGGAGGUGGAGGCUGCCCUGGCAGAGGAGGACGGGGCCCCCAGAGUGAAAGCAGAAGGUAAAAGGUCCUCCGGCCUGUUCCGGUUUUGGCUCCCCAGCAUCGGGUUUUCUUCCUCUGUCGCGGAGGCCAGCACUGACCCCCAGGCCGAAGCCCCGAGACGCGCUCCGGUCCAGACGCAGCCCGAGGCGCGGCCGCCGCACCCGCAGGAGAGAGCGGGCUGGUUUCGAUUGCCCAGGUUGGGCUUCUCCUCGUCUCCCAUCAAGAAAAGCAAGAGCGCGGAGGCGGAGGCGGGUCCGGCCGAGCAGCACCUCCAGGAAGAGGCAGGCACCUUCUUUGACGCCCGAGAGAGCUUCUCCCCCGAGGAGCAGGAAGAGGGGGGGUCGGCGGAGUCCGCGGGCUCCGGGGCGAUGGUGGCCUCCGCGGCGAGAACCGAGCUGAUCCUGCUGGAGGGGGACGGAGCCGCCAGCCGGGCCCCGGAGCCCAGGCCCGGCAGCGAAUGAGGGCCGGGCAGGGGAGACCCUUCCCCGGAGGACGGGCGCCCAAACGAAAUCCCGACGCAGAGGCCCCGCCGCGCACGGGGCUCCCGUCCCGCGGCCCACGGGACUGAGGCGCAGGGCGGCGGUGCCCGGACGGACGUGGCCCUCCGGGGCGGGAGCCCUGUGGGGACCCCCGGGGUAGCGGGGCCGCGGAGGGUGUAGAAGUAGUUUCGCUGUCCUGUGGCCCCUGUCUGGUCCUGACCCGUCUCAGGUGGAGUCUGGCGCCUUCCAGGAAGCCCCCCCCCACCCCCCCGCCUGCUUGCCUGUCACGAGCUCACUCCCGGCCUCACCCAGGCGAGCUUGGGGACGACACGCGACACACGCACACCGGCAGAGGGAGGUGGCUGCGGGCGGGUGAGCCAGCCGAGGGGGCACCCGUCCGUGCCUGCACGGCCCCGUGCGGUCCCCGAGCCCCUUCGCGCACACGCUGCUACCAGGCCUCCGGCGGAAGCUCCCUGGCUGUCCCCAGAUGGGCAAUAAAGGACAGGAUGCACCCACA